AUGCCGCCAAUGCCCCCGUUUCAAAAGGGACGUGUUACGGAGGCGGUCGCGUUUGAAAGGACAUAUCUUGGUUAUCUGGGACCCCUCUACAUUAAGACCUCUGGCGAAUACAGAAAGGUAUGGGUCUGCCUAUUCACUUGUUUAGUUACUCGUGCAGUGCAUUUGGAGACAGUACAGGAUAUGUCAACAGAAGAGUUCCUAUUAGCGUUACGUCGAUUCAUUGCGCAACGGGGAUCACCUAUGGAAAUAAACAGUGACAACGCAAAACAGUUCAAGUUAGCCAGUAUCAAAAGCGAUGACGUGCAAACAUAUAUAUCGAAUCAUGGAAUAAAAUGGAAUUUUAUUGUCGAACGAGCCCCCUGGUAUGGUGGUUACUGGGAAAGAAUUGUGGGUCUUGUUAAACGAUCAUUACGCAAAUCUCUGGGACGUAGAUCAUUGACUGACAUUCAGUUACUGACUGUUAUCAAAGAAAUAGAAAGUGUCAUCAAUUCUAGACCUUUUUUAUGA